AUGGCGGCAUUUAAAACACGAGGAUCGCCAGAUCUGGCCAAUGGUGGCCCCCAUCCUCAAUCGACCCCAGCGGCUGCUCGUAAAGCCUCCAAUGCUCGCGGACAGAACGCGGCUAUGUCCUUUCCAAACAGUGAACAGGGCAGCGCCCCAACUCGAUCAUUCUCGGGCAGGGCUGCUCCCAACUUGAACUACACCACACGGAAGCCAGCACCAGGGGCCUCCCAGGUCGUGGAUGAACAAUCAAACACCCCUCGCGGUCUUCCGCCUACCAAUUAUCUCCAUGAUCUCCCUAUCACCUCAUCUGAGGACAAAGAAUUGCAGUCACCUGUCGAGCAUUCAACCGCUGUGAAUGCACCUUCCAUGCCAAGUCGGUCAAACACGAUUCAAUCGACAAGUGGUGCGAGCACGAAGAAGGAUUGGGCCUCGGAUCGAUCGCCCCUGCAGAAGCUUGAAGUGACGCUCUCGGGGAUCAGCAAAGAAGAAAAACGAGCGCGAGUCCAACAAGCCGAGAUGCGAUUGCGGGAACGCCUGGCUCGUCAACAGCUUGAAAAAGACCAGGCGGCAGCGGCUGCUGCUGCUGCUGGUAAUAACGGUGAUAAAGCCCAUCUCAACCAGAGCACGCCUUCAGGCAACCACUUGACUCAUAACUCGACGAGAGGAAAUGGAAAUGAUCGAGUGCAGAUCAAUGAGAAUACCCGAGCUAGUGCAGCUUCGGCUCGAUCACAAGGUGCCGCCACGCACGAUAAUGCAGUGGGUCGGAUGAAUGGCCAGCAUUCAGAGAAUCGCGUCCCUGGGUCUGCGCAGUGGGCGCGAGUACCCAAUACUGGAGCUUUACCGAUGAAGGCGGCCAGUCCAAUGAGAUCUAACUCAGAGCGAGAACAAAGGGGAUGGAGCAAACCGUCUACACACACUCGCUCAGUGUCUCACCACGAACACCUGAAUCCAUCACCACUAGUGUCGAGCAUUACUACCCAUGCAGAGAGAAAAGAAUCUCCUUCGACGCUCGAGUCAAUCCCUGGAGCGUCGCUCCCACGGUCUAAGCCAAGACAAACGGUAUCCUUUGAUGUGCCGCCGCCAACCCCUCCACCCAUCUUCGAAUGGCGGAACGCGCCAGUAGCUCGCAUAGGAGCCGCCGAUUUUGAUUUCCAGAAUCUGGACAUUGAUCGCAGUCAGGCUUGGUGGGAGGGCGGAGCUUCCACCGAUCGUCGGAAGAGUAGAGCCCUGCCAAAAAACUAUCAGACUGCGGCCCAAAAGGUUACCGGGGUCACCGCACACAAAACUUUCCAGCCCAAGUUGUUCUUACGAUGCGGGCCUCUCCUUCGAUACACCGGCACGAAAACCGUCACUGUCGACGGAACCAAUGGCCCCGUUGAGACGGAGCUCUGGCGGGGCUCAAUUCUGAUCGUCACGAAAGACUCUCGCUCAUCUUACGAGACUCCGCCCAUGCUGAGGCUCUUUUGUCAGCCUAUGAAUCUCCUGCCUCCUCCCCCCGCAGUCAUCAGUGGGGAAGAUGGAGCGCUAGCGCCUGAAUACGUUGAUCCGACGGCGGGCCUCAUGAAAGUUGGUCGUGACGGUCGUCCACUCUACGCCAAGCCAGUAGAACAUCUUGAGGAAGAGUUGGAUUUGUCUGCCAUCGAGAACGAUGAUGGACUUUAUGAGUUGUCCCCAAGCGUCAUUGACUACAGUGUCGACGGAGCCAAACAAACGGUUCCUGCAAAUCGAAUCCAUCCAGUGGAUGGCGAGACUGCUGGUUUGUAUCGGGAUGUCCCAGGGGUUCGCCUGUAUGCGGAUCCAGCUCGUGAUGUGACGUUUUGGAGAUUCAGUAUGGAGAUUGAACUUGGAACCACACAGCAGCGCCUUGCAUACCGCAUCAAUCAAGGACCCGCACUGGGUUUCUGGAUUCCAGCUCGAGGACAGUCGAUGAAUAUCAUGUUUCACAGCGGCAACGGCUUUGGUCCCAACGCUGAUCCUGAUCCUCUGUGCGGACCCGAUCCGCUUUGGCGCGAUGUUUUGAACGAGCACCAAACGCAGCCCUUCCAUGUUAUGAUCGGUGGUGGCGAUCAGAUCUUCAAUGACAGGCUGAUCACCGAUCUUCCUCUGUUCCAGGAAUGGAUCAAGAUCAAGAAUGCCGCUGAUCGGUAUGGCGCGCCUUUAACACCGCAAUUCCGCGCAGAGCUUGAGAAAUUUUAUCUCGAAAGCUACGCUUCGUGGUUCUCGCAGGGCCUUUUCUCCCUGGCCAAUUCCCAGAUUCCGAUGGUCAAUAUGUGGAACGAUCAUGAAAUCUUUGAAGGAUUUGGAUCGUACCACGACGAAUUUAUGCAAAGUGCUGUCAUAUCGGGGAUAGGCAAGAUUGCUCACAAAUACUAUCUCCUGUUUCAACAUCACAGCGUCGUGGACGAGACUGAGACUGAUGAGCCUAGCUGGCUCCUUGGCGCUCGGCCGGGUCCCUACAUUGAAGAAAGAAGCCGCAAUCUAUUCAUGUCGAUGGGUAGUGAAAAUGAUGAAGUCAUCAGUCCCGACACGUAUGAGUUCGUUUGGGAUAGAUGUCAUCAAGAAAUCGUCAAGGGGAAGACGAAGCACUUGAUCGUCUUGUCAAGCGUGCCAAUUGCCUACCCUCGUGUGGUACGUCGCCCACUUGACCCAUCCUCGCAUCCGAAGCUGACCCGUGCACCCCCAAAGGCCAUGCUCAAGAACUACAUGAACAGCCGGAAAUCGAUCGGCAAAGCCGGGAUGAUCGGAGGCAUCGUCAACCGGUCAGGUGGCAAUGUGGAGGUGUUUGAUGACCAUUGGACUGGAAAGCACCUCAAGGCGGAGCGGACAUGGCUGGUCGAGGAUUUGCAGGAUCUUGCAGCAGAGAAGUCCGUUCGGGUCACGAUCCUAAGUGGCGAUGUGAACCUGGCUGCAGUGGGUCAAUUCUAUUCCAACCCGAAAUUGGACAUUCCGAAAGACCGCGACUAUCGAUACAUGCCCAAUGUCAUUGCGUCCGCUAUUGCCAAUGUGCCCGAGAGUGAGAUCAUUUCGGAUCUGCUCAACAAGCGCAACACAGUCCACCAUAUGGACUCUAAUACAGAUGAGGAUGUCAUUCCCAUUUUCGAGCAAGAUGUUGACGGCAAAGUGCGUAAUAACAAACGGCUUCUUCCCCGACGCAACUGGUGCUCCAUUCGAGAAUAUCACCCUGGAGCUACACCACUCAGUACGCCCGAGUCGGAAGAGGUGUUGACUCCCGAGCCUCGCCCAGGCAAGCUCAAACGUACAUUGUCACUGGGAAGAGGGGAUAGAGGCCCGGGGAGCAAGCCCGGUGGUCUGUUCCGGCGACUUUCCUCACGGGGAGCACCGCCCACACGCACCAUGAGUUUCGGACGUGCCGCGGGGGUCACCGGACGACGGGCAAGCGUUGAUGCGUAUGUCCCUCGACCACAUGAGAAUGCUGACAGCUAUUUCCCUGGUGGCCCCCAGGAAACUCCUAGACCCGGCCCCUUUCACCGACGACCCACCAGCCUCAGUCUCAAAGCCAACAAACGCGGAGCAAAGGCGCAAGGUGAUGACGGAGCGGGAGCUCUGGUCAACUUGGAAGGCGGUCUCGCGAUCACCAUGAACCUUGAGGUCAGCCCACGAGAUCCAGCGGGCAUUACAGCACCCUAUAAGCUCCUGGUGCCAGCGCUGUACUACGAGGGAACCGAGUACGACCCUGAACCAACGCCAGUGGUAAAAGGUUGGCGCAAGUGGCUUCGUAUGCCACGACGAAGAAAAGAGAAGACAGAUGACGAGGACUUUGAUUAUGAUGACGAGGAUGCCGACGAUUACGAAGACCAUGACACGAUCAAUAAUACCCGCGCAAAUGCUGCCACAACUCAUCCUCAUUACGAGGCAUACCCGGACAGCGAUGAGGAAAUGGGUGAAUUCGCCUCACACCGCAUAGCUCCUCCCCCCAUGGCCCAUCCGAAUGAUGAAUCGGACAACGAUGAGGAGGAAGAUUACGACGAUGACUAUCGUCGUCCUCGGAAGAAGUGGUUUGGUGUGAUUUAA